CUCACUCUCAUUUCAGAACCUUAACAGGCAGCGGUGACGUUAUUUCAGUCCAGGCUUCACCAUGUCUGCAGUGAAAGUCAUGCUGUUAUUGUGUGUGGCUAUUUGUUUGGUUAUAUCUGCCAUGGCUCAAGGUUCUGGGGUCUUUAGAGAUGAUAACAACAAUCUUUCAGCUAAACAGUCUCUCUCUCAGGUAGAGGUGGAAAGCAUGAAAGUGGACUGUAAGGUUGCAUCACGUUUCUCUCACACGGUCAUAACUACCAAAGCCCUGAAUGUGGCCAAUGUCUCACAGGAAGUGUUCUUUGAUGUGGACUUACCCAAAUCAGCCUUCAUUACCAACUUCAGCAUAGAGAUUGAGGGGAAGAUAUAUGUCAGUGAGGUGAAAGAAAAAGAGAAGGCCAGGCAUCAGUAUGAGAGUGCUGUUUCAUCCGGGCAGACUGCUGGUCUAGUUAAAGCCUUUGGGAGGCACAUGGAAAAGUUCUCUGUGUCAGUGAACAUUGCACCCCAAAGCCGUGUUUCGUUCAUUCUCACUUAUGAAGAGCUACUGCAGCGUCGUCUUGGCAGCUAUGAGAUUAUGAUAGGAGUCCGACCUAAACAGUUGGUUGAAAAUUUUGAGAUUGUGGUAGACUUCUAUGAACCACAGGGCAUCACAUUUGUGGAUGUCAGCAGCACAUUCAUCACCAAUGAGCUUUUUCCUCUAGUGGAGAAAACUGUCACUGACAAAAAGGCCCAUGUGUACUUCUCUCCUACACUGGAUCAACAGAGGAAAUGCACUGACUGUGAAGGGACGUUAAUCGAUGGAGAUUUUAUCAUCAAAUAUGAUGUAAACCAUACACAGGAUAUUGGUGAAAUUCAGAUAGUAAAUGGCUACUUUGUACACUUUUUGGCCCCAGAUGACUUGCCUCAAAUGCCUAAGAAUGUGGUGUUUGUGAUAGACCGCAGCGGAUCCAUGGAGGGAGAGAAGAUUAAACAGACUCGAGAAGCUUUGGUGACUAUACUAAAUGAACUGCAUGAAGAUGAUUACUUCGGGCUUGUCACGUUUGAUGAUGUUAUAGAAUUGUGGAGACCAUCUCUCACCAAAGCUACACAAGAGAAUGUAACAGCAGCAAAAGAAUUUGUCCAAACUAUUACAGCAAGACACAUGACUGAUAUAAACAAUGCAAUUUUGCAUGCAGUGGAAAUGCUCACUGCUGAAAAAAGCGAGUCCCUCCCAGACAUGUCCAUGAUCAUCCUACUAACUGAUGGACAACCCAGCUCUGGGGAGCAACAACUAGACAUAAUCCAAGAAAAUGUCCACAAUGCUGUGAAUGGAAGCAUGAGUCUCUUUUGUUUGGGCUUUGGCUAUGAUGUGGACUACAGCCUCCUUGACAUUUUGGCCAAACAGAAUGAUGGUUUAGCUCGCAGAGUCUAUGAGGCCUCAGAUGCUAGCCUUCAACUGCAGGGUUUUUUUCAAGAGGUGGCGAGCCCACUUCUUUUGGAGGUGAAUCUCAAUUACCCUGGCAACACAGUAAACUCCUUGACAGAAAGUCACUUCAGGCAAUUCUUCAAGGGCUCUGAGAUUGUGGUAGCCGGCCGCCUACAAGAAUUUGAUAACGACACCUUUCUGACUGAAGUGUCCGCACAUGGGUUGGAACAGUUUGUGGUCAGUGGUCCAGCCAUUACUAAGGAGUGGGACAGUGUAUUUCCUGAACAAGAGUAUAUCUUCGGGGAUUUCAUAGAGCGUCUGUGGGCAUAUCUAACCAUCCAGCAGCUCUUGGAUAAAAGAGAGAAGUGCACCCCUGAGGAGAAGAACAACGCUACAGCUGAGGCUCUAGACCUUUCUCUGAGGUAUAACUUUGUCACACCCCUCACCUCCAUGGUGGUCACCAAACCACAGACUGAAGAUGAAGAAAUGCUCAUUGCUGACAAGUUGACUGAAGAACAGCGAAAGGACAUGGCAGAACCUGAUACAAGUGACCUAUUUGCUGUUCAGAUGGCUUUCGGCGUUGGCAUCGGUCACCUGGCAAAAAAACAAUUAAGCAGUUCAUAUUUUGUUGAUGGAGAUCCACACUUUGUCAUUGAGCUGCCAGAUCAGAAUGAUUCUCUGUGCUUCAACUUUGAUGACAAACCUGGUACCAUCUUUAACUUGCUUAGAGACCCACUAGCAGGCAUUGCAGUGAAUGGCCAGAUCAUUGGAGAAAAGAAGGUGGUCCAAGGAAGCAAGGCACACACCUAUUUUGGCCGCUUUGGGAUUGUACAUGAGCGUCUUGAUAUAAGAUUAAUGGUGACCACAAAGGAGAUCUUAGUGUCUGAGGGGCAAAAACACUCAAAGUUCUUCUGGUCUACCUCCAGAACUGUCAAAGGAACAAACGUGGAUCUGCAUUUAAUCAAAGAUCGCAGUUUAACAGUGACCUUGAGGAACUCAGUGAAGUUUCUGAUAAUACUUCACAAAGUGUGGAAGAAACACCCAUAUCACCAAGACCACCUUGGAUUCUACACCUUGGACAGCCACCUCCUUUCACGCAAUGUUCAUGGCCUGCUUGGUCAGUUCUACCAGGGGCUAAACUUUGAAGUUAGUGACGUGUUUCCAGGAAAGGACCCAGACAAGAAAGAUGCCUUCAUGUUUGUGAAAGGAAACAAGCUCACAGUUACCAGGGGUUGGCAGAGAGAUUUCAGAAAGGAUGUGAAGAAUGGAGAAAAUGUGUCUUGCUGGUUCAUUCACAACAAUGGCACUGGACUCCUUGAUGGAGUUCACACAGACUACAUUGUCUCUGGUCUCUUUAGAUCAAUCUAAGAAACAUCUGUGGCUCAACGGACCUCCACACUACACACAAAAGUUCUUGCCUCAAAAUACAUGUUAGCGCUCACCUAUAGUAAUAAGUACAUAAUGUGAUUUUUGGAUUUGCCAUAUUUGACACGGUGUUAGAAUACUGUUUGAUAGCAUCUUGGAUAAUGUGAUAGGAACUAGGAACCUUUGAUGUAAUUAUAUAUAAUAGCUACAAAAUAAAUAUAUCACUUGUUC